AAUGAAAUAAAUAAAAAAAAUUCAUCAUGCGGCGCACCAACAAGUGAGUAACGCCUAGGGCUCUCUGUCUCUAUCUCCCCUUCAAUGCAGAGAGUAAUGUCGUCUCUUUCCCUGUCUUUCCCACUGCCUUCAACUCAGCCCUUUUUAACCACCCACAAAGGCCACCACUGCUUCACACUCACACGCACACGUAUAGCUCGAUCGCUCUCUGUGUCCGCUCCUCCUGCCUCCUGCACACACAUACACUCAGAGAGCAUAGUAGCAGUAGCCAGUAGGAUGAUGAUGAACACCAACGCGAUGUCGCCGACAGCAAGUACCGACGCCGACUUCUCGUUCGGCCCCUUGCAGCCCUACGUCGGCUUCGACGUCGCCGGCAUGGGCAUGCCCAGCGUCGUCGUCGAGAGGUCGUCGUCGCUACUGCAGCACAACACCAGCAGCAGCAGCCACAACAACAACCUAGGGCUAUACGACAGUUUCGACUUCGCGGCCGCCGCAGGGUUACCGUUCCAAGAAUCUGGUCUCCUGCCCCCGGCGAGCCUGCCGCUGGCGCCGUCGCCGCAAAGCAUGGCGGCCAUGGCAAUGCCACCGUCGUCGCUGCUGCUGACGCUCCCAGGCGUGCCUGCGGCGGCGGAUGUCGUCUAUAACCCCUUUGGUGGCGGCGGCGCGGGAGGGUUCCUGAAGCGGGAGGACGGCGGCCCCCUCGUGGACGCUGCUGGAGGCGGCGGGAGGAUCGGGCUGAACCUCGGGCGCCGCACCUACUUCUCCCCCGCGGACGUACUCGCCGUGGACCGGCUGCUGACGCGGUCGCGGCUGGCGGGUGGCGGCGUGGGCGUGGGCCUGGGUAUGGGCCUCGGCAUGGGCGUGCUGGGGCUCGGCGCCGCCCACCACCAGCAGCCGCCGCCGCGGUGCCAGGCCGAGGGCUGCAAGGCCGACCUCUCCGCCGCCAAGCACUACCACCGCCGCCACAAGGUCUGCGAGUACCACGCCAAGGCCAGCGCCGUCGCCGCCGCCGGCAAGCAGCAGCGUUUCUGCCAGCAGUGCAGCAGGUUUCAUGUGCUUGCUGAGUUUGAUGAGGCCAAGAGGAGCUGCCGGAAGCGGCUCACCGAGCACAACCGCCGCCGCCGGAAGCCGAGCAGCGCACAGGACGAGGACUCGUCACCGCCACCACCCAAGAAACUGGAUACUUGCAUAACUAAUACUGCCUCUUACAAUGAUGAUCUCAAGAGCGCGAGCAACACGGCAGCUGCGGCCAUCUCGCCGAACGGCAGCGGCGUCAGCUGCCUAGACGUCAUGGACAACGGCCAGACGAGCAGCGCAGCGGCGCCGACGGCUCUGUCUUUGGCCGCCCCGCCGCCGCCGCCGCUGCACGAGAAGGACGGCAGUCUCGACUCGAUGCUGAUGCAGCGGGUCCUGCAGGGCCGACGGGAGGACGACGACGACGAACAGCGUCGCCACUUCAUCACCUCGCUUGUGAUGCAGACGACCCAGCAGCAGCACAGCGGCGGCGGCGGCGCCGGCAACAUCUUGUCGUGCUCGUCGGUAUCAGAUCAGCACAACGGCGGCGGCUGCAACGGUUUCUUUGAGGUGGACUUCAUCUAGUGUAUAAUCAGAUGCAUGACGUGAGGAAAGCAAGCAAAAACAAAGCUGGGUUGGUUUCACUGUAGAGCGGCUAGUAGCCUUUUCUUUUUUACUGUUGUUCUUAGUACGACUUGAGCUAGCUAGCUAGUGGUUGGACUUCUUUUACCAGAUGGAAAUGCUUGUGUACGUAGUAUGUGUAUUCCUUUUUCCUAUUGCGAAAAAUGUAAAUUAUUAUUACGUGUA